CAAGGGAUUUUAAAAAACCUAAAUCCGCGCGGACGAAGUCGCGGGUAUCAUCUAGUAUUAAUAAUAGCAAAACUAAGUUUGCGUGGUCGACGAUAGCGCCCAGAUGGUACUUUUGUGUAACUGACAAAGAGAGUAAAGAGAGACCCCUUGGCCGUUGCCUGUACGUGUUUCGAACGAAUUCGAAAUCGCGGCGUCGGGGCGGGGGAAUAGACGUCACCACGUGGCGCGUGCGCCGGCCGCUCCAAGCGUCAGUCACUCGCGAGCGUUGCACGCGUAACGUUGUAACACGCGGUACCGGUCGGCGAUCACGAUGUCCUAUACAAAUGAAGAGUACUACGAAAUGGUGCGAGUGUAUUUGUGCAAUAAAACCCUUACUGGUGCUCGCACAAUGUACCAAAACGAGAGUGUACGUCGUCUGCGCGCACAAGGGUUUAAGAACCCUGCAGUUCCUAGUCCAGCAGCCAUUUUAAGGGCCAACCAAAGGCUGCGUGAUUACGGCCAGUUCGCGACCCCUGGCCAUGCGGCAGGGGCUGGCAGAACCAGAACCAGAAAGAAGGAGAAACUCGAGGACAAGAUAUUAAAAUUUUUUGAACAAAAUCCGACAGCCAGCACACGUGAGGCGGGUCGUCUGUUCGGUGUAUGCAGCACCACAGUUUGGAGACUGCUAAACGACACCAGCCUCGAUUCACAGCUGGAUUCGGAGCCGAAUAACGUAUUGAGGGAAAAAUGGGCAAAAGCUUUAUCACAACAAUUGACUCCAAAUCAGUUUGUGUGUGAGAAGCACUUUCGCGAAGAAGAUAUAAAAAAAGCUGAUCGAAUAAUUAUUAAUGGAGCUGAAACUAUCAUCCCUCGCGAAAGGCGGACUCUUUUGAAUGAUAAUGUCAUCCCAAUAAACCUUCAGGAUUUGGAAAUGGACAUUUCUGAAGAGGUUUGCGAAUGCCACAAUUACUAUUUUAAGAUGAUAUUGAAAUUUAAAAAAUAUCAAAUCUGUUUACUUUACUUUUAAAUCGUUUUUUUUUGCUUCAGCAAGUUCCAUUAGUACAGAAUGACAUUAAUAACUGUCAAAUCGAAAACCUGGGUUGUACACAACCCUCGUUACAAACAAGAUUCUCCAUCAGU